AUGUCAUCAGCCAUUACAUUCACAAAGCACAAUUCCAUACAAUCGCUAAUUCCAUAUUCCAUUCAAUCUGAAAUGUUUUGUAGAUCUCUCAAAUGUGUGGGCGGCCACAAUUUGCCUAGAUCUGAGAAAAUAAACACGAGGACGGAUAGUGGAAUGUUACUCUAUGGUCAUAAAUUAAUUCUAGAUAUUCGACAUGAAUUUCAACUCAAAUUGACCUACUUAGCUUUUCUAAAAAAAACUUUAUGUAUGUUGCCGAAAAGAUAA